GAGAACGGAAAGUUUCUCCAUCCAGAAAUGGAACUCUCCAAUCAUCUCCUCUCCCUCCAAAUCUCUCUCUUUCAUCACCCGCUCUUCGCCGUAACCCCGCCGCAAAAGCUCAGACCCAGACUUACCAUCUCACUCGCCAACUCUUCCCACUCCUCCUCAUCCCAACUCGCGCAAACCCUCCAAGCCGAAACCCUUAAAACCCUAGAAUGGAGCUGCCUCUGCAAGCAGCUCUCUCCCUUCACAUCCACCUCCAUGGGCCUUUCCGCCACUGAAACUGCCAAAAUCCCCAUAGGAGAAACACGGGAAGAGAGUCAGAAGCUUCUUGAUCAGACGACCGCAGCUCUGGCAGCCUUGGAGGUUAUGGAAUCAGAGCCGUUGGAUCUUUCGCAAGUUGAAGACGUGUCCAGGAUUGUCGACUCCGCGGCUUCCCGUGAGUUACUAACCAUCAGAGAGCUAUGCGCCGUACAGAAAACUCUGAGGGCAGCCAGAGGAGCGUGGGAGAAGCUGGAGGAGGUGUCGAGAUUGGGUGGUGAUGGUGCAGAAAGGUAUCUGUUUGUAUAUAACUGCUCCCCUGUAGGGAGUUGUGAGCUAUGGAGGUGCCAUGGUGUCCUUCUAGCCAAUGCUCCUUGUUAUCUCGGGCAACUACCCAAUUAUCCCAUAAUCUGUGAGGUUUUGACGAUUGAUAUAAAGCAUUUGUUGAAUAGAAUUUCAGAAGUUGAUCUAGCUUUUGCAAGAGCUGCUUAUGCUAUGUGGAUGAAUGGGGCCUGUCCAGUUUUAGGUUCAGAGAUACAUCAUGCUUUAUCAGUAGAUAUUGAGAGUAUACAACAUCCCUUGCUCCUUGAAUCCAGUCUAAGAAGAUGUUCCUCUGGUUUCCUUGCAUCCAACUCCAAGAAUCCAUCUCCACUGGAUGAGGUAAAUAAUGUUGCAACUUCUGGGAAUCUGUUGGAAGUUGUAUCUGAUGUUUUUCCUGUGCCAAUAGACAUUAAAAUUGAAGGGAAAACACGAGUGGUUGUGAUCUCAGGACCAAAUACAGGAGGCAAAACUGCUUCUAUGAAAACUUUGGGAGUGGCGUCUCUUAUGUCAAAAGCUGGAAUGUAUUUGCCUGCUAAGAAUUGUCCAAGACUUCCUUGGUUUGAUCUUGUUCUGGCAGAUAUUGGGGAUCAUCAGUCUCUGGAGCACAAUCUUUCUACCUUUAGUGGGCACUUAUCAAGGGUUUGUAAAAUAUUUACUGUGGCCUCAGAAGAAUCACUAGUUCUUAUUGAUGAAAUUUGUAGUGGAACUGAUCCUUCAGAAGGCGUAGCUCUUUCUACCAGCAUCUUGCAGUAUCUCAAGGAUCGUAUUAACUUGGCUGUCGUGACCACACACUAUGCUGACUUAAGUUGCCUGAAAGAUAAGGAUACUCGGUUCCAGAAUGCAGCCAUGGAAUUCUCACUGGAAACUUUACAGCCCACCUUCCGGAUCCUUUGGGGAAGUUCUGGUGCUUCAAAUGCUUUGAGCAUUGCUAAGUCAAUUGGUUUUGAUGGAAAUAUAAUUGAACGUGCAGAGCAAUGGGUGAAGAGGUUAAUGCCAGAAGAGAUGCAGGAGCAGAGGGGUUUGCUCUAUGAGUCUCUGAUGGAGGAAAGGAAUAGGCUAGAAGUUCAGGCUAGAAGAGCUGCAUCUCUUCAUGCAGAAACUAUGGAUCUCUACCUUGAGAUUCAAGAUGAGGCAGAAGAUCUUGAUAGGCGUGAAAAAGCUCUAAAGGCAAAAGAAACCCAACGGGUCCUACAAGAGUUGAAAGCUGCAAAGUUCCAAAUAGAAACUUUAGUGCGGGAGUUUGAGAAUCAACUCAAAACUGCCAGUGCUGACCAAUUUACUUCGUUGAUUAGGAAGUCAGAAUCAGCAAUUGCAUCCAUCGUUGAGGCUCACUGUCCUGCUGACAGUUCAUCUGUCACUGAAGCAGAUGUCAGCUACACACCACAAUUUGGAGAGCAAGUCCAUGUGAAAGGACUAGGAGAUAAACUAGCCACUGUUGUCGAAGUUCCUGAGGAUGAUGAGACGGUUUUAGUCCAGUAUGGUAAAAUUAGGGUCCGUGUGAAAAAAAGCAACAUCAGACCCAUUCCAAGUAGGAAAAGAACUGAAGGAACUCAUCCUGCAUCUCGGUUGAGAAGACAGCAGAGUGGAGAGAUCCAGAGAAGUUCAGAGGAUAACAAAGAUGAGGGGGUCUCAUAUGGUCCAGUGUUGCAGACAUCAAAGAACACAGUGGACCUACGAGGUUUGCGAUUAGAAGAAGCUGCUCUCCACCUGGACAUGGCAAUCGCUGGAAGAGAAUCACACUCGGUUCUCUUUGUCAUACAUGGGAUGGGCACUGGCGUUGUCAAGGAGCGUGCACUGGAGAUAUUAAGGAAACAUCCUCGAGUGGCUAAAUAUGAACAGGAAAGUCCAACAAAUUAUGGUUGUACAGUUGCUUACAUCAAGUGAAAA